AUGGACAUGUCCUCGUCCAUGAUGUACAUGUCCGACAUGGCCAUGACCUUCUUCACCUCAUUCAAAACUCCCCUCUACUCAACCGCCUGGACGCCUUCCACUCAAGGCCAAUACGCCGGGACCUGCAUUUUCCUGAUCGUGCUCGCCGUCAUACUCCGCGUCCUCCUUGCUCUCCGGCCGAUCCUCGAGGGACGUGCGUGGACCGAUAGCGUACGGCACAGCAUGUUGGAUGAGAAUAUUCCUGACGAGGCUCGGACGAAGCGUAUUUCUAGAGUACGGUUGAGCAUGCAGGAGCUUGGGCGUCGCUGGUCGCGCUGGCGUGUGAAUCCGGCGGCGGGUCGCGCGACGUAUGAGUUGGUUGUUGCGGGCAUGGCUUAUUUACUCAUGCUGGGAGUUAUGACGAUGAAUGUGGGCUAUUUCAUGUCUGUGCUGGGUGGGAUUUGGCUGGGGACUUUCAUUAUGGGUGGAGUUGCGUCGGAGAGCUCCAUGCUGCACUGUUAA